GGCUUUUGUUGUUGAAAAACGGCGAGCAAAAAUAUCGAGACUUACAUAAUUAUGGUAAUAAUAGAAACACUUCACUAUGGCAUUGUAAAAAAGAAAAUUAUGAAAUCCCAAUCCGAAAUGCCAAUGAAAGUGAAUGGUUGUUAUAG